AUGCACUUGGUACGAGCCCUUCGUAACCACUCGUUGCCUCUCCGAAGUACUUGGAAUUUCCACGAUCCAGUGCGAAGGGCGACACCUAUGCAAGGAUCAAAUCAUCCUUUCGGCGAACAGAAAUCAUCUUUAAAUGCAGAUACGUGCUAUGCCUUUGCUGAUUUGUACAUUUCUGUAAAGCUCAGAUUGCGAGUCAUUAUGCUCCAUUCUCAGGGAACGGUUUGUCUGACUCUCUACCACGCAUUCUCUAUUCCGGUCAAAACUCGGGCCUCGGUUGGCAUCUCCACUUCUACGACCAAAACGUUGCUCGCUCCACGGCUGGGGCGAGCAAAAAGUGCGGCGUGUGAUUACGCAUGUGAUAAGGACCGUAACUUCCCCCCCGCCCCCUGGGGAACCCCGGCUUGCCAGCAAGACAUUGAUAGAACAGAACAAAAUAGAAUAAUGGGCCGAGGCUGGGAACUCUCUGGCUGGGAGUUGAACCCAUCUUUCACACAAACACCCUCCGAUUUCUGA